ACUGGCCACUUCAGAUGUAAAACAGUGUAUACCAAUAAUAAUCUGAAUGCAGCGCAUCCAAUUGAGAUAAUUCAAUGAGCCUUCUCCUGUCUCGCAACUUGCAAGUGAUAAAGAACACUCCUCGAUUUGUCGGUUUAUAUUAAUUUUCAGAUAUCAGAAGAUCAAAGGAUGGCACUUUGGAUGUGGAAUAUGGUGAGAGGGUGGACGGGUCAUGGGGUGGAUACAGGACGAACCGACGAUCCCGAUACACAUACGGGACUCACUUCCAGAGAUAAAUACCUCAUCAGGACGAGCUGGGAAAUUGUAAUGAAAGACCCCACUGGCAAUGGAAUCAAAUUGUUCAUAAGGUUAUUCGAGAUUCAACCAAAACACCAGCAAGUGUUUCCGUUCCGGGAUAUCCCAAUAAGUGAUUUGCCAGAAAAUAAAAGAUUCCAAGCACAUUGUAACAGUAUUGUGUACUCUUUUGGGUCGAUAGUAAGCGGAAUAGAUGACCACGAACUGUUGAAUAGCAUCGCCGAAAAACUAGGAAUCGCACAUGCCAAACGGUCCGUUGAUCGUCAGGCAUUGAAGGACGUCAAAUCGGCCCUUGUGGAUACUUUUUCAUUUAUGAACCAAGAGCAACUGGAAUCCUGGAGCAAACUUUUGGAUUUGGCAUUCGAACAAAUGAACAUGGCUAUUGAAAAUUCACAAAAAUAAUGGUAUUAUUGAUAUUUCAACUUUUCACCAAGUAUUACUUCUUAGUAUACAGCACAGUGCUAGAAGCUUCAGCUACUUUAAUCGCUUCUGUAUCUAGAAAUGUUUAUCAAGACAGUAUUAUUUGUACUAUUUAUGUCAUAAUAAGUUACAAUCUAAUAAUAUUAUCAGUAGCACCGUCUACAGGGUGGACAAUUUUUAAAUCAUUAAAGUGAAUGUCAAACACAA